CUGUGUAGGGACAUGAUAAUGGGAGUCAUGUGGAUCUACUCUUUGCGACAGGGAGGCUGGAAAAACAUCAUCUGUCCUGCAAGAACAUUUUAUUUGGUUGGAAAAGAGCUGUGUCUGUCAACCUAUGAAAACCGGCCUUUUAGACAUGUCCACCCCGAGCCCUGCGAGGCGUGUACACAUCAGAUCACACCACACUGGGAUUUGGGUAGAAAACAGACCUGAGACGAGUAUUUAUCACUAAGUCAGAACAGCCUGCUUCAGUUUGUCACCUGUCUGGAGGAUGCAGUAAGGCAGUAACUGGGUUCCAGCAUGUACCAACAUGUCUUUUCUGAGGAGCUAUGAUGCAUUCAAGGGUCCUCCUUUCGCUUUCAUGACCAGUUCUAAAACAUCUGUCGUGCUCAGUGUGACAACAUGGUUCCUAAUGGUUCAGCUCUGCCUCGGUCAACACAGAGCCCUACUCGGCACAACCCCCAACAUUAAACACAUUGUGGUCGGAAGGUGCUACAAUUACAUCACACUCAUUAACGCCACUUCAAGGCAUGACUGUGAGGAUAUCUGGAGACAUUUUGAGGAGGCGGUUGUUCGUCAGUCUUCUUGUAACGUGACGAUGGAGGAUUAUCAUCAUAUGUUCAGAGCAAUGACACAAACCUGGCCGUGCAACAGGUUCCUUUUCUGGAGUAAAACCAGAACACUAAUGCACAGUUACGCUGCCGUGAUGCGUCACUUCUGGACCCUGGAGGACACGCUGGUGGGCUACAUGUUCAACGACCUCAUCUGGUGUGGCAGAGAACGAGACUCCGGUUUUGAUUUCAGCGCUUGUCCAGAGUGGUCGGCGUGUAGAAAUCAUCCGGUGUAUUCUCUGUGGAAGCUGGCAUCGCAGAAUUUUGCAGAGAUGGCCUGUGGCAACAUCACCGUGCUGUUGAAUGGGUCCAUUCAUCACGCUUUCAGCAGGAAAAGCAUGUUUGGGAGUGUGGAACUGGACUAUCUGAACCCCCAAAGAGUGGAUUAUGUCAAUAUAAAAGUGGUGACCAGCCUCGAGGGGCCCAGUGUAGAAUCGUGUCAUCAAGGAUCAGUCGUGGACCUGAUUCAGAUCCUCCAGGCCAGGGGUUUCCGCUGGACUUGCACAGACAACGACCAGACCUUGAUGAUCCUUCAGUGCAUCCAGAAGUCCAGACAGUCCUCAUACCAGACGUGUAUAAACAGCCUGUUCCUCAGAGAAAACCCAGUGUCCAACUGAUAUAUUAUUGGUUUAUGACAGUCACGGUUUGAUUCCCUUUAGGCUUUUUGUUCAUUGUAAAUUCCUAAUUUGUAAAUAAAA